UUCCAGCACUGACCCUUGCAAAACUUUCUGUUCCAAAUUUUUCUCUCCUUCUCCCCCACCCCCUCCCCUAGAUGGCAAAAAGUCCUAUACAUGUUAAAUAUCUCACAGUAUAUCCUAGAUACAACAUAUGUUACAUGGGUAAUUUUCCAGCACUGACCCUUGCAAAACUUUGUUCCUAACUUUUCCUUCUUUCCCCCCAUCCCCUCCCCUAGAUGGCAGGUAGUCCAAUACAUUGUAAAUAUGUUAAAGUAUAUGUUAAAUCCAAUAUAUGUAUACAUGUUUGUAUAGUUAUCUUGCUGCACAAGAAAAAUCAGAUCAAGAAGAAAAAAAAAUUGGGAAAGAAAACAGAAUGCAAGCAAAUAAUAGAAAGAGUGAGAAUACUAUGUUGUGGUCCACACUCAGUUCCCACAGUCCUCUCUCUGGGUGUGGAUGGCUCUCUCUGUCACAAGAUCAUUGGAACUGGUCUGAAUCAUCUCAUUGUUGAAGAGAGCCACAUCCAUCAGAAUUGAUAUUAUGGAAUAUUAUUGUUCUAUAAGAAAUGACCACAGGAUGAUUUCAGAAAGGCCUGGAGAGAUUUAGAUGAACUGACGCUGAGUGAAAUGAGCAGGACCAGGAGGUCAUUGUACACGGCAAUAACAAGACUAUACAACAAUCAAUUCUGAUGAAGGCUCUUUUCAGCAGUAAGGUGAUUCAGGCCAGUUUCAUUGAUCUUGUGAUAGAGAGCCAUUUGCACCCAGAGUGAGGACUGUGGGGACUAAGUGUGCAAUCCAACAUAGUAUCUUCACUUUGUGCAGCAUAAUUGUGAAAAUAUGUAUAGAAGAAUUGCACGUGUUUAACAUUUAUUGGAUUUCUUGCUGUCUAGGGGAGGGGGAAAUGGAGAGGAAAAAACUGAAACAAGGUUUUGCAAGGGUGAAUGCUGAAAAUUAUCUAUGCAUGUGUUUUGAAAAUAAAAAGUUUUAUAUAUGUACAUGUGUGUCUAGUAUUUAGUCCGUAUGAACCAUUCAUGCAUUUCCCAAUAGUAUUUUGCCUUAAACUACCAGCUCCAAGGGGACAAAAGAGCAGGUAAGAUUGAAAAGUUGGAUUUGGGAUCACUUUUAUCCAGACGUCCAAGCCUAACUCUGAUGUUUUCUUGUUUUUGACUACAGGCAGGUAAAACUUUCCUGAGCCAAUUUACUCAUUUGUCAAAUAAAGAUAUCCUGGUGGUAUCUACCUUCUCAGAUUGUUCUGAACAGCAAGAGAAAUAAAGUCCUAUAUUUUGGCCAACAUUAUUAAUUAAAUCGUUUUAUGGUGAAGGAAUCAUUGGUACCAUCAGUUGUAGUGGGGAUUAUGAGAGUACAUCUUAUGGAUCACGUGAGGUUUCCUUCAAUUAUUAGACUCUUUGAUCGUAUUCAAUUCAUGAAAAAUAUUUUCCCUCCAUGAAGAGGUGGUUGUUCUAGAAAUAAAGCAAAUGCCAAAUGCCAAAGAGCUCAAUGUCACUCAAGUUUAAACCUGUCCCACUGGUUAAGAAAAUUUCAAAAUGGCCUUACAAAGAUGCUGGAGUCAUUUGCCAUUUCCUUCUCCAGCCCAUUUUAUAGAUGAAACUGAGGCUAACAGGUUAAAUGACUUGCUCAGGAUCUCACAGCUAAUAAGUGUCUGAGGCCAGAUUUGAACUCAUGAAGAUUAGAUUUCCUGACUCAAGGACAAGAGUUCCAUCCCUUGUACUGAUCCACUGCCCAAGUCACUGAGGACAGAUGGGCAAUGCACCAGAGCUGUAACUAGGGUGGGGAAACUAGGACUUUGUCACGAGGCCCUGGAAUUUAGAGAGUGCUGACAACAAUUCUACUACAUGGAAACAACUGAAUUUAGCAUCCAGUUAGCAAGAAUAAAUAAUUACAUUAAGAAGCUACCAGAUGCCUCCAGUCCCUUCUGGCCAUAUCCUGCAUAGACUCUGCCCUGUCCCACUCAGCUAUUUUUCCCCUUGUUCUCUAACAGCUUCAGAAGCUGUUUUAUUCUAUUUACUCUGAACAACUUUUGUGAUUCUCACCCAAGCAUAGAAAUGACUUGUAACAGCUCCAUAGUCAAUAUACCUUCUUCAUAUACACACACACAUAAAAAUUAGCUAUACGUUAUAUAUGUAUGGAUACUGUUUUUUUUUUAGGGGGAAUGGAUGAUUUCAAAGAUCUCCCCGUCCAAAAGGCCGCACUUCACAGAAAAGGAUCCCCUUAGGAAAAGCAGUCACGAUGAAACAUCUGGUAGCCACUCCUCCUCUCUACUUCUCUUCCGGAAGGAGAUUAAAUAUAUCACUUUCAGCUGUGGAUCAGGGACUCCUGCUCUCAUUCAACAUAAAAGUCAGGGAGUUUAAGUGACAAGUCUUUGUAAAUGGGAGUAAACCGUGGCAUCGGGAAGAACUGUUUAUACUUCUCUGAAAUAGGCCGGAUGAUAUUAACUUCAAAUAGCACUAAGUACACAUGGCAGAUAGAUUGUUUUCAAGAAAAUGGAACAUUAUGGAGAAGUGAUCAUCUUCUGACAUCAAAAACUCAGGAAGGUGUUUUAUAGCCUCAGAAUUCCUCGCAGAAAUAAAGAGCAGCUUCCAUAGGUAAGGAGAGCAGCAGCCGUGCACAAGCUGUGCACCGAUUGCCUCUGAUCUUGUAACUCGGGAAGGCACUAAAGUUCUCCUCCUCCUUCUUCCCCUUCUUCAAGAUCAUCAGCCUGACAAUAACUAAAGAUCAAGCCAUCCCAACAGGGCUCCCCGGGCUACUUUGGAGAAAAGUCAGGCAGAUAGAAAAGAGUAUCCUUCUAGAGAAGAUGAAUAAUUGUUCUCAUCUCCCUCUUUACCUAUAACUUGUGAUCCACAGCCCUGGACCGCAGGGAACUUCUGUCAGAUUCUUGUAAAAGAGCCAAAAGCAUCUGAUGAGCCAGACUCGUGGUUUCUUCCAUUCGGCACCAUUAUCCUGUGAGGAAGCUCGGUGCACUGGGUAAAAUACUGGGCUUGAAGUCAACAUUGUUCAGUCAUUUAGGUAGUGUCUGAAUUUGCGUGACCCCAUUUGGGGUUUUCUUGGCAGAGAUGCUAGCUAGAUACUGGCUCAUUUUACAGAUGAGAAAACUGAGGCAAAGUAUCUCAGGCCAGAUUUGAAUCUUCCUGACUUCGGGCCCUCUCUAUCCACUGUAUCCCACCUCGCCACCUUUUUGAAGUCAGGAAGAUGAGUUCAAAUUCUACUAUCACCAGAGAUAUCUUAUACCCCUUCCUUUUCCAUUUUGCCCUGCUCCUCCCAACCCAAGGCCAUUCUGGAAUCUGUCUAGUAGAAGCAGCAGUGUCCCUAUUGGAGAAUCUAACUCCUCUUUCCUUCCCCCCUCUCCUAAAGUUAGGGGUAUGCUCCAGCCCUCUCAUAUGGAGAGAGCAGAGUGUUAAAUUCACAUAGAAAUGGAAAAUCAGCAACUCCAAUUCAGGGUUUGAGCUCUUGUUUUGCCAAUUGUCUUGAUUCAAAUAGUGGAGAAAAUGUUAAUAAAAUACAGUGUCUUGGACACUUUUUGGACAGUCAGUAUGUCCCCUGCUGUCUGCUCAGGUGGUUUCUCUUUUCUCCCAGAAUUCCUCCUUUCCAGCCUCUGCUCUGGAGGUUUCUCACUCUCUCCCAGAAUGCUGCUUCCUUUCCCUUCUGUUCCUCCAAUCCUCUCAAAGGGACAGCUCGAAUUCUUCCUCAGGCAACAAACCUGUCCUCCCUGCUCCGGCUCCCAGCCAUGAACUCUUCUCUGAGUUAUUUUAGUUUUAUUCUUCACUUGGCAAAUUCUACCCAUUUCAGGAAGUCUUGUCAAUAACAACAUCCCUUCUGGGAUGACACAUAGAAUUGUGCUUUCUAACUGGUGUGGGCAGGAUUUAAUCUUGCAUAUUACAGCUUGCUUUGCAUCGGUGUCUUGUCCCACAAUUAAUGGAAAAGGCACUGAACUGAGAGUUACAGAGAACUGGAUUUGAAGCUGACUUCUACCAUUUGAUUCUCAGUCUCUUCAUUUGUAAAAAAGAGGCUCAUGGACUAGUAUCUUCUAAGGCCCCUUUGAGCUCUUAAUGGAGGAGGGGGGGGGGGGAAAGCUAGACAAGCUUCUUUAGGAAAGAACUAUUUGUCUUAUCUGAACUUUGCAUAUCAGCUAACACUGGACACUUAUGUUGCAUUGUAUAGAGAAUAGUGUACUGCUUUUUACUAUUGCAUUUCCUCUUCCAAUAUUUCAGGAUUUGCAAAAUAAUGUACAAACCUAGGGCUUAGUACUUGCUAAGGAAUUUAAUAAAUCAUUCAUCCACUCAUCUAAUUAACUUCAUAGCAAUCCUAGAAAUGGGUGUGCCUAUUUUACAGAUGACAACAUUGAGGCUCUAAUUUAGAUUAAGUGACAUAGCCAGGAUCACAGCUAAGAGACAAAAGGUUUUCCUGACUCUCCAUCCAGCCCUUUAGUUUUUAUCUCCCCAGCUUUCUUUCUAUCCCACUCAGUUGCCUUUUCCAAAGCAGAACCGUAGCAGGUGGGCACCGGAGAGCCUGGCAAACCCUUGCUGCAGGCAAUGCCAUGGGCCUUCAAUGCCCCCCCGGAGAUUCGUUGUAGACCUCACAGAAGCUGACUAGGAGAGCUGCAAAGGUCGUAACAGGAUUCAUAGGAACGGGAUCUAAAAACUGGCCCGGCAGGUCCUCGCCUAAGCCGCCCGGCGCUGCCCGGCUGCCUGUGCCAAGGCCCGCUCUCUGGGAGCCAUGUUGAACAAGAGCCCCCUUCCAGGGGGCGGAAGCCAGGCUCCCCCAGCCCAGUCUCAUCCCCCAGAUGUUAGAGCCCAGAACCCAGGGCCCUCAAUGCCCGGGCCCGCCCCUUCCAGCAGUAGAACAGUGACAGCGCCCGCUCCCCAGCCCUUCCCAGACAGCCUUGAUGUGCCUGCCAAAAACUUCCUAUAUAAUGCGGAUGGCCCCGGGCCAAGCUCGGGGAAAACUUCCUGCCCCAGCUCCGGGAGGGUGGUUCUCUCCAGGCAAUUGACUUCCACCGGAUUGCUCCGAGGGAACGCUCGCUCGCUCCCGCUGCUCGCGGGAAGGGGCCAGGUUACUCUUUUCAAAUAAAAACGGCUCUGGCUGUCUGCAGAUGUCCUCGGUGGUCGCCUCCCGCCCCUGCCCCCACGCUGCUGGCCGCCCCCCUCCUCCGUCCCGAGAGCCGGCCCUCUUCUCCCACUCCUCCCCUCCCCCCACCAGCCCUCCUUCCCAGCCCCCGCCCGUUCGUCCCAGGCCCCGCAGCUGGUUCCAAUCCGUCCCUUCCCAUUCGGGGGCCGCUGUCCCCGGAGCUGCCCAGAAGCAGCGCGGCGGCGGCCCGGGCGGCUCCAAGAUUUCCUGCUCCCCCUCGCGGGGGGCUCGCUCUUAGCCUCGCCGGAUCCUCUUUCCCGCCUGGGGUCCCAGGGGGGGACCAAGUGUGGGAAGUACGAAUUUCCGGCCCCGGUUUUUUUUUUUUUUUCUCUCUCUCUCUCUCUCUUUUCCCUCAGCACUUUCGGGAGUUCGGCUCGGGCAGGCAGCCCCGGAGUCUGCUCGUUAGUCCCCAAGCUGUGGCGGGGGAGGGGGGAGGGGGCCGCCCUCUCAGAUCAGCCCUUGUCCUCCCCCCUUGGCCAGGCGGCGGCGGCAGCGGAGGCAGAGGAGAAGGGAGAGCGGCAGGAGGAGGGACUGCAGCCAUGAAGCUGCCCGGCCACCUGGGCUCGGGCUGGGCGGAACGCGGACGGGCCGGGCUCUCUGGGGAGUUCUGAGCGACCUCCUUCCAGCCCGCAGUCGGGGCCAGUCCGGGCUGCCGGGAAUCAGGCCUUGCCGCAGGCCCACAGCGGACCCGAAGGCGGAGAGAGGCCGGCUUCCCUCCCCACUCCCCGGCCCCGCCCAGACGGACCGUUGCACUCGGUCCGCGGGCCGGCAGGCGGGCGAGCAGGCGGCCGCCGGGGCGCGAAUGGUGCUCGCGCGGCGGGGCUCGGUCCAAACUUGAGCCUCCGGGAGCGUCUCCCCAGUUGCCGAGCUCCGACGCCAGGAAGGAACCCGACGGAGCGACUCGGGGGACUGGCGGCGGCUGCGAGCAGGGAAAGGGGCAUGAGGCAGAGAGCCCGGGGCUGUGGGCUAAGCAGAGGGACCCGCGCGCAAGUCACGCAGUCGGCCGUUCGGGGAUGGAGGUCGCCUGGACUGUCCGCUUCUUGCUGCUGCUGGUGGGCGGCUGCUUCUCGCUGCCGCCCCCACCGGAACCCAUCUGCCCGGAGCGCUGCGACUGCCAGCACCAGCAGCACCUCCUUUGCACCAACCGCGGGCUGCGCGCGGUGCCCAAGACCAGCGCUCUGCCCAGCCCCCAGGAGGUGCUGACCUACAGCCUCGGGGGCAACUUCAUAGCCAACAUCACCGCCUUCGACUUCCACCGCCUGGCGCAGCUGCGGCGCCUCGACCUGCAGUUCAAUCAGAUCCGCUCCCUGCACCCUAAGACCUUCGAAAAACUCUCGCGGCUGGAGGAGCUCUACCUGGGCAACAACUUGCUCGAUGGGCUGGCCCCGGGCACGCUGGCCCCUCUGGCCAAGCUGCGCAUCCUCUACGUCAACGGCAACGAGAUCGGCAGGUUAAGCCGGGGCUCUUUCGAGGGCCUGGAGAGCCUGGUCAAACUCAGGUUAGACGGCAACUCCCUCGGCUCCCUGCCCGACUCGGCCUUCGCACCCCUGGGCAACCUCCUCUACCUGCACUUGGAGGCCAACCGCAUCCGUUUCCUGGGCAAAAACGCCUUCGCUCACCUGGGGAAGCUGCGCUUCCUCAACCUGUCCGGCAACGAGUUGCAGCCCUCGCUGCGCCACCCCGCCACCUUCGGGCCGCUGCGCUCGCUCAGUACCCUCAUCCUGUCGGCCAACAGCCUGCAGCAGCUGGGCGGCCGCGUCUUUCAGCACCUGCCCCGGCUCGGCCUGCUCUCCCUGAGCGCUAACCAGCUGGCUCACCUGGCCCCCGAGGCCUUCGUGGGGCUGGGCGCCCUGCGGGAGCUGCGCCUCGAGGGCAAUCGGCUGCGGGAGCUGCCCGCCGCGCUGCUGGACCCGCUGGGCAGCCUGGAGACCCUGGACCUGAGCCGCAACGAGCUCUCGGUGCUGCACCCGGCCGCCUUCCGCCACCUGGCCCGGCUGCGCGAGCUCAACCUGCGGGACAACGACCUGGGCUCGCUGGCCGGGGAUAUCUUCGGCGCCAGCCCGGCCCUCUACCGCCUGGACCUGGACGGCAACGGCUGGGUCUGCGACUGCCGCCUGCGCGGCCUGAAGCGCUGGAUGGGCCACUGGCACUCGCAGGGCCGCCUGCUGACGGUGUUCGUGCAGUGUCGUCACCCCGCGGCGCUGCGCGGCAAGUACCUCGACUACCUGGACGACGUGCAGCUGCAAAACGGCUCCUGCCUCGAGCCGACCGCCUCCUCCCCGCAGCCCUCGGUCCAGCCCGCAGUCUCUCCGGCAGCUGGUGCCGGGGAGGUGCAGGGAGCGCCCUCUCCUGGUGGUCUUGGGAAGCCCCAGUCCCAGGCGCAGCAGCGCGGGCGAGCCCUCCCCGGGGUGGCCUCCGACGAGGGGGCGGGGACACACGGCAGCAACCAGAGCGGCCUGAGGCUCAGCCGGCGGGGGCCAGGCCCGCAGCGUCCGUCCUCCUCUUCCGCAACCACGCUUCAGCUGUCCCCACCCGCGGAUCUGUUGGAGAAACGCGAGGGGACGCGCCCUCCUUGGGAAGAGGAGGGCCCCUCCCAGCCCACCCCGAGCUUUCACGGGGACGCCCCGUCUAGCUCGGCCCCAUCGCCCGCCAGCGAUUCCGGGCAGAGGGCGGAGAUGCAGCGCCUGGCCGCCAAGCAUCGGGAGCGGGGCGCCCCGUCCGGGGCGCAGGAGAUGCUGCCCCCGCUGGUGUCGGACCCGUGCGACUUCAACAAAUUUAUCCUUUGCAACCUGACGGUGGAGGCGGUGGGCACGGACACCGCCACCGUGCGCUGGGCUGUCCGCGAGCACCGCAGCCCCCGGCCGCUGGACGGCGCCCGCUUCCGCCUGCUCUUCGACCGCUUCGGGCAGCAGCCCAAAUUCCACCGUUUCGUCUACCUGCCCGAGCGGAGCGACGCGGCCACGCUGCGCGAGCUGCGAGGAGACACCCCCUACCUGGUGUGCGUGGAGGCGGUCCUCGGGGGGCGGGUCUGCCCCGUGGCUCCCCGGGACCACUGCGCGGGGCUGGUCACCCUGCCGGAAGCCGGGCACGUUGGGAGCCGAGCCGGAGGCGUGGACUACCAACUGCUGACCCUGGUUCUCCUGGCCGUCAACGCUCUCUUGGUGUUCCUGGCGCUGGCGGCCUGGGCCUCCCGCUGGCUGCGGAGGAAGCUGCGAGGCCGCCGGAAAGGGGGCGCCCCGGUCCACGUGCGUCAGAUGUAUUCCACUCGACGGCCUCUUCGCUCCAUGGGCACCGGGGUCUCGGCAGACUUCUCGGGCUUCCAGUCCCACCGGCCUCGCACGGCCGUGUGCGCCCUGAGCGAGGCGGACCUCAUCGAGUUCCCGUGUGACCGCUUCAUGGACAGUGGGGGCGGCAGCGGAGGGAGCCGACGGGACGACCAUCUUAUGCAGCGCUUUGCUGACUGAGGCCCAGGUGCCCGUGGAAGGGGGUGGGGCCGGGAACGCUGUGGGCUCCAUGGCACAAACUCUCCCCCAGAUCUCCCCACUGGGGACCUCUUUUUCCUCAAACCCUCCUUUGCCUUGGCCCUCCGGCCCCGGGCUCUGGACUGCCCAAGCCGGAAAAUCGCUGGCUGUCUUGUGAGGCCGGCUGACAUCUGCUGUGGCCGUGGAUCGGGACCAUUUCCUUUGCUAUCGUCCCCAAACCGUCAGCUUUCUUUCUUUUUUUUUUUUUUUUAAAUUUUUAUUUAAUAAUUACUUUAUAUUGACAGAAUCCAUGCCAGGGUAAUUUUUUUUUUUUUUACAACAUUAUCCCUUGCACUCGUUUCUGUCCCGAUUUUUUCCCCCUCCCUCCCUCCACCCCCUCCCCUAGAUGGCAAGCAGUCCUUUAUAUGUUGGAUAUGUUGCAGUAUAUCCUAGAUACAAUAUAUGUUUGCAGAACCGAACAGUUCUCUUGUUGCACAGGGAGAAUUGGAUUCAGAAGGUAGAAAUAACCCGGGAAGAAAAACAAAAAUGCAGAUAGUUCACAUUCGUUUCCCAGUGUUCUUUCUUUGGGUGUAGCUGCUUCUGUCCGUCAUUUAUCAAUUGAAACUCAGUUAGGUCUCUUUGUCAAAGAGAUCCACUUCCAUCAAAAUAUGUCCUCAUACAAUAUCCUUGUCGAAGUGUAUAAUGAUCUCCUGGUUCUGCUCAUUUCACUCAGCAUCAGCUCCUGUAAGUCUCGCCAGUCCUCUCUGUAUUCAUCCUGCUGGUCAUUUCUUCCUCAGUUUUCUUUCUGUGGGAGCAAAAAAAAAUGGAGGAAUUCGCUUCUCCCACCAGCUGGAUCUCUGUCCUGGUGGCAGGGGGCCAGGCCGGAGGCCUUGGGCCAAGCCUUUGUGUUUAAUCACUGCCCUCUAGAAAGACACACCUUUGUUUUUGUUUUAAAAACUGGAGAGCCUCAAUGGGAGGUCAAGGCAGCAGCCCCUUGUAGCCCAAGAAUCCCUGCUGGGGCUAGGGAGAGCUGGGGAAACGGCUCCCGAAGCCCUCCGGCUCCCUAUUCCUGUGUGCUGAGGUAGCAUCCGGGGGCUUUUCGGAUUUCUUCUGCUGAGACAAAUACCCAAGAAUUCUUUGAAACUGUGAAGACUCUGCCAGUCCUGACUGAGCACUAAUGAGCACCCAGGGCUUUUCUCGCCAGCCUGGCUGUUUAAAAGGCAAUAAUGAAGUCACCAAGUAGUUCAGCUUUGGGAACGGGACCUAAGGCUGCAGCCUUUCCUUGGAGCCAGUUCAAGAAGGAGAUGGAUCCCUUACCUGUGUGGGAGAGCCCAUUCCUGGGCCUUUCCUCCCCCUGCCCGAGGCAAAGGAAAACGCACUGGCAGCGGCUGCAGCUGACUCGCCCACUUGGGGAAGUUUCUCAUGGUCUCUUCCAGGUCACUGCGUCUCUGACAACUAGAAUAAACACUAGAGGAAACUGGAUCAAAGAUCCUACAGAAAUCAUCCACUUGAUGAACUUCCCUUAGUCUCUAGCUGAAGAUAAACCUAAUUAAUCUCCUAAUGUACAAGUGGCUGAAGAGACUAACUCUUCCCUGACUGAGCUAUGGGUGAGCCCUCGCGUGCCUUACUCUGGGUGGAAUGGGAGAAGCUGUGGACACCAAGUGAAUUACCUGUGCCAAUGAGUGUCUUUCUACUAAAAACCAGCAGAAUCUUCCAAGGGAUUAGAACUCACUGUGAAAAAAUUAUUAUUUUUUUAAAAUUAACCCAUACACUAAAUGUCUGGUGUUUGACUCUGCUAUCAAAUAUUGAUAAAGUUAUGUCCUAGCUUGUAGAAAACACUUGUAGGCCUUUUUUUUUUAAUCGUUUUUGUUUCCCUAUUUUAGGGUGAAACUCUUUAAUCUCAGAAGUCCUUAAUUUUAUGGGAUUAUUAUUCCUUCCUUUGCAUUUACUGAAGUCUGCAUCUGACACUAAACAUAGUGCUUUGGUUUA